AUGAAUGAUUUGUCCUCGUUCAAUCUCUCCUUACCUACCGAUGGAAAAACAAAAAACGCUCGUUGCGGAACAACCUCUUCUUUAAUUAGUAAUUGGCUUUCCUCUUCUGCGUACAUUAGUAUGCAGAAGUAUCGUCCUAUAGCAUAUAUUGGUGGAAUGACCUUGGUAGCGUUGGUUUCUAUGUGGAUUUUUAUGCAACAAACACAUAUAACCGAAUGUGAUUCUGAUUCGGAAGAUUCCAAUGAUCCUAAUGACGGUUUUUCUUCGAUUAGUCGGGAGAGAAUUACGAGCACCACCGGAUCCCGCAAAAGGACACGAGAUGGAACUUCUCAGAAAAUUAAGAUUAAUAAUUCGCCUAUUCCUGCCAGCAGAGAUUCUAAACAACUUAAAGAUGAAUUAGACCGUCCCCAGUCAAAAUUUCUAAAGUUUAGAACUCGCGGUGAUAUUAAUCACUUUAAUAAAAAAUCAAAACCUUCGUUGACCGAAGUUAAUAAUGAUAAUGUUACAAGUUCCCCAAUAAUUGGGUCUUGUGGAUGUGUUGAAGAUAAAACCGAGGCUUUUGAACAGAAUAAAAAUAUAAAUUAUCAAAAUUUACAAAUACUUGGCAAACGAUCUAGGUCAAGUCAAAGUAAUCGACAUCCCAACGGUCGCCUUCUUGCUGAAACUACUUAUAUUCACGAUACUUUCUAUACUAAUGCUAAACUGCGAGGUCAUAAAGCAGAUACUUUUAAAAACUUUGAUGAAGCCAAUGUCCGUAGAAUUGAGUCCGAAGUUAACAAUGCGAUCAAUGAUUUACAAGGUAGAAUUUCCAUUGCUCUUAAUAAAAUUAAAUCAACCCAAAUCGAUGAAGUUAUCUGUGAUCAUGAUGAUAUAAUGAACCUAGAACCAUCUCCAUUUCUAAGCACUCUAGAAAAUAUCGAACAAAGCAGAUUUGAUCGAGAUGCACAUAUUGCGACUCAACUCGAAAAACAGACAGAAUUAGAAGAUGAUGUUGAAUUUAUCCUUAAAAUGAUCAAAGGAUCAAAUUAUUCUGAUUCUAAUGGUGAGAAUUGGAUUAGUAAUAAUUAUUCUGAGAUCCCUGUGAAUGUUAACAACUCACCGAAAUCCGGAAAAAAAGUAGUAACUUUCGCAACACUUGCAUCAGAUAUUGGUCAAGCGUCCCAACAUAGAAUAUUAAGAAACUUUGAAAUACUUGAAAUUUUAAAACAAAAGGAGCUCACCGAGAAAAUUAUCGAAGGAAGUUUAAAAGGUGCACUCGAAAUUGUAAAAGCGCAAUCGUUGGCAAGGGCCCGAAGCACAAGGCGAUUAAAGCGACCACAUAAGAUAAGUUAUGAAAUCGAUGACGUUAACAAAAAGCUCCUGUAUAUUGAUUCGUGGCAGAAGGAUAUGAUUGAUAGGCUUGAUGGUUUAGAAUGUGAGUUUGAUGUUAUAGAAAAAAUGAUCGAUGACGAUCGGAUACUUACUGAAUCAUUUGAGGCCAAAACAGAUAAGGAUGGUGAAGGUUAA